AAAAGUUCGACCCGCCAAACAAUACCCAAUUUCCUCUCAUCGCUUCCCAGUUCCCUCUAUGUUCACAUUCAACUCAAAUAAUAAUGGCUGCCGCUCAAACGAUGACUACUUCCACUACCCCUGAUUGCUCAACGAAAACCCAAAAUUCUGCUGAUCCCACUUCCAAAUCUUACUUCCAGAGGACAGUAUGUCUAAAAGACUGGUGGUUGGUGAAGGCAGAAAAGGACUUCAACGGAAAGCGACUUGCAGUUGCAGGGGUCACUUCCCGAGAGAACCAAGCUGUGCGAGUGUUCUACACUGCUCCAAUCCUGAGGAGACUAGAUGUGUUUACCGUUGAGACGGUUGAUGAUACAUGUGUCAUUCUAAAUGGCUUUUUGGACAAGGCUAAAACCCAAGAGAGUGGGUUUCCAUCUGAGGUAUCUAAUCAUUUUGUGUUUGGCUUCCCCCGUCAUUGGGAGACCUAUGCCCUUGACUGCUUAGAAGGAGAACCUCUCACCAGGGUUGCUACAACAAGUGUUAAGGAUCCUGGGAAAUCAUCUCCACCACAAGCUUCUGAAAGAAUUCCUCAUCCAGAAGAUUCUUCAGCUGAAAGCCCAAAGCAUGUUUUAAGAAAAAGUCCUCGUAACAUUACGCGGAAAACCAUUCUACCAUCCCGGUUGGAACAUAAUGAUGUCCAUCCAUCUGAGCAGAAUGAAUACCAGAAGGAAAAAGAUGCCAACAGUCCACGAGUUCAGAGAAAUUCUAGUUCGUGUAAAAGGAAAAUAGCCGUUUCCCCUAACCAUUGUGAGGAGAUAAAGGAAUACAACUCAUCAUCCAAAGCUGUCGUUGAAUCAAGAAAGGUGGGAACGAGAAAAAGAUCAUCAGAAGCUGUUAAUGCUGACCAUGUUGGAGGGUCAAGGUCAACAAAUUUGUUGAGUGAGUCGCUAAAGAAACAAAAAGAUAAUCCUCCUGGUCAUGGUCACCUAUCAAAUUCCCAAUCUAGUUUUCAAGCUACAAGGGGGAGUGGAUGUAAAGAUAAUGCUACGCGCAAUAACACAACGGAUUCAUGUUCCAGAAGUAUCUCAAGUAUUCCAGUCACUGGACUUGAGGAUCUUGGUAAUGAAGUAAUUCCCAGAACUCCAGACUCCAGGUCCUGUACUAACGAGGGAAUGAAUACAGAUACCAAGUGUUCAAGUGCAAAAGCUAGAAAAUCAAAUAAAGUACUGAAUUCAUCUAACAUUUCCUGCAAGGCUGGAAAUGGAAGGCAGAAUAGGGCUGGUGCUUGUGAACUGAGUGUUUCUCAGAGUAUCAAUUUCUGCAAGACACGCAGACAGACCAGUGAAAGCUAUACUUCUAGGAAGGAGAAAGAUGAAUCUAUUGUCUCGCCUGAAUCUUUAAAUCUUAACAGAUCGAGAUCAGGAAGAUUGCUUCUGCCUCGGCUGGAAUUUUGGCGCAACCAAAGGGCUAUAUAUGACGGGGGCCGUAAGAUUACAUGGCUUAAAGAUCUGCAAAUCAGUGAGCCUUCAAAAGGUCUGUUGCUUUAUGCUGGUAUUAAAAUUAUGUACUAAUCUCUUCAGGUCUUUUUAAGAACUCUGAAGGGAAUAUGUUUAUGUUGUCUGUAAAAUGUGCUAUGAACUGACAGGAAAAAUGUUGUGCUUCCUUGUUUGUGGUAUCUCAUUUAUCUUACUUGUUAGCCUUUGGAAGCCAGACAAUGAUAUGGGGGAAAAACUAGUGUGGCAAAAUGUAAUUAAAUGAGAAACUAUAUGAAUUCAGACAGGAUAUGGUGACUUAUCUUUCAGUCAAUGUUUUACUUUAACAGCUUGAUAUAGGACCCUUUUUUGUCUUGAAAUCCCUUCCCCCCCCCUUCAAGGGAUUGUUUUACUGAUUUCUACAAUUCUUUUUUUUUUCACAUUUAGCUGCACGGAAUAUAUUUUAUUGUGCAAUCUUUUGCCAGGGAGUAGGUCUGAACCUCGGAGAAAGAACUAACCUGCAAAAGAAGGUGGGCAAAAAAGCUCUUCACGAAAAGGUAUGCAUGUCAUCAUGAUUGACUUCGGUGAUAACAAUUAUCCUGAUCUCAACAACAAAUAGUUAUAGAGAGAAAUAGAUGUAUUCCAUUUGCCUUUUCUGGGGUUAAAGCUAUGCUUUCAUUGCCUCUGUGCAUUUUUGUUUUCAUAUCCCUGUGAAAUACACUCUAACUUUGUUCACUUCUAAGCAUCUGAUGUGGGGGGUUUUCUUUGAAAUUCUUAUCUUGUUGAUUAGAUGAUAUCAUUGAUGUCGAGUAAGUGGUUUAUGUAUGUCUGUGUAUCAUGUAUGUGUCUGUUCAUGAAACAAAUAUUCGAUUGGCUGCCUGGCUUGUGUUCCUUUCAUGAAUUUUCUUAUUUGUUUGAAAUUUCCUCACCAUAAAAAUGAGUGGACAACUUUCCGACCAGAAAGCUAAAGGGCUGAGAUUCUUUAGUUUAUGCAAUAAACUAUGCUUGUCUAUAUUCAGAUACCAAUGACUAACCUUAGAAGGUCAAUGAACCAAUACUGACAUGUCUGCCAUCGCUAAUUUUGACUUGAGUUGAAUCUAAAAAUAGGCUUGGCUACAUAAAAAGAGAUUAACAAGCAGGGAAAAGAAAGCUCUUUACUUGGCCGAGAUGGUUGGUUACACCGGCACUACAAGUUGAUCAUAUUGUCCCACCAACUGAACCUAGGUUCUCUACACUAGUAUGGCCGUGGGUUGUGUCAGUCAUUAAACUCGAGGCCUGCGUGAACAUAGUAGAUAAAGUUUAAACUUCGUUCUAUAAAUUCAAUAUAAAACAAGAUUAGCCUUUAUAGGCGGAUUUGUUUAUCGCUUAUGCUUACAUGAUCACACUGCAUUGUUAUUCUUCUGCUAUUGAUUUCCGUAACUCCUAAUUUUUUUCAGUGUAGAAUUCUAAUUGAUUUCAUUCUUGGUUGAUCUUGUCUUGAUGAUGACGGACAUAGUUCAACCCAUCCACAGUUGGCUGCAGAUGGGCAUGCUUGGAGGUGAACUGGUGUUGAAGCUAGUUGUUUCUAGCCGUGGGCAACUUUUUGUCAAUUUCAGUUUGCCCCAAUUUGGAAAGGUGGUGUGUGCAUCUAGUGUUGUACCUAGGAGAACAACUGUAUAACCUCCUUGUUUCGUACCCGUUGUUUUAGGGCUUAGAAAUGCAGGUUCUAUUUGCGCAUGUUAUGAAUUUGUUGUAGGGUUUGUUUUGAUCGUCUGAUAUGACAGAUGUUUAAGAACUAGAAAAGGUUCUUUAUAUGUACUAUAUGGUUUAGUAUUGGUGUUGGUUGGUUCUUUAUAUGUACUAUAUGGUUUAGUAUUGGUGUUGGUU